CAGAUUCAUCCGAGAUGAUAGAAGGCAUGUGGCUUGGCGUGACCGUAGCCAGUCAAACCGAGCAUCCUGGUGGACGAGUGUUGGGUCAUUGGGAACCUGGAGCCUAUCCCAGGAAGCAUCGGGCACAAGGCGGGGUACACCCUGGACAGGGUGCCAGUCCAUCACAGGGCACAAUCACAUACACACUCACACACGGAUUCAUGAACAACUAUCACAAAACAUAAACACUUAAAAAAUAUAGUCGUUGAUCAUCCAGGUAAUGACACACGGGAUUAAGAAUCAAGCGUGUGUAAACCUUUGAACUGGUUCAUUUGUGUAAAUUCAGUCAUUUAUUGUGUCUUGUGGACUAUAUGUAAACAUCUCUAAUGUGAAAUAGUUUAUUUAGGGCAGAACUAAAUAAAAAACAAAAUAAAAUUUUUAUGAUCCCUCUCAUUUUAAAACAAAAAAAUUAUUAACAUUUUGCAGAUUCGGCAAGGGGUAUGUAAAUUUAUGAGCACAACUUAAAUAUAUACUAUACAUAUAUCAGCUCGUAUAGUAUUCCAGAGUUUUGUUUUGUUUUUUGUUAUUGUUGCGGCCCAAAAUGCUUGAUUUCGCUGCAGGUUUUUUUUUUCUUCAAAUUUGCGAUGCAACUUGCGGAGGUUUUUUUUGUGUUUUUUUUUUUUUUUUCGGAAAACUACUGGCAUUGGCAAAAUUUAAUUUGCACGAAAUUGUUUUGCACGGUCUUUCACAGUGAUGUUUGAGGCCUUUUAGCUGUACUCAUGUUCGAUGCACAUGAGAGGAAGAGGGCUUUGACUGAAUGCGUGUUGUGAUGACAUCACAUGACGUGUCUUGGCCCAAAUCUGCAGAAAAUCUGCUGUAGUUCUGAAAAAAAAAAUUGCAAGCUCCUCCGAACACAGCAGUUUGCUUGAUUUUGCGUUCAUUUUCGCGAUCGCAAAAUUGUGAAAUCCUGUAAGGGCUGAUAUAUGGUCAAUAUAUGGUAACAUGCUUUUUAACUGUGUGUCUGAUAUAUGUAUUUUUAUAUUCAUGUCCUCAUGUUAGUCAAGCAUCUGAAGAAUAGUUUCUUCUCGUAGGCAUGUGGCCACCGCUAUGUUAAAAUAGUGCAGGGUGGAGGAGAGGAGCAGCGGCGCAUGGUGGGCAAAUGCUUCGUCCGGGGUAACGACCUGAGCUUUGACCACAAUGACUUAUGGCAGGACCACUCAUACGAAGUGUGCAACCCCAACAAUGACAUGGAGUUGGAAGGCAUGUGUAACAUGGGCAUUUCUGCAGGCAUGACGGACAGCGACGUCUACAUCGGCUGCACUGGGAGUUUUGAAUGGCAGGGUAACGUGCAUGUUACAUGGAGAGACACAACCCCAGACAACUCCUGGGAUUACAGUGAAAAAGACUUGGGUUCUCUAAACAAGCGCAACAGCUACAUGGGCUACUCUGUGACGGAAGACAUGAAGUUGUUGAGCAUAAAUGAGUACACAGUGGUUACAGGGGCUCCCAGAGACGACUCCAGGGGUUCAGUGACACUGGCAGUGAAAGGGUCAACCAACCUCGAGCCUGCAAUUGUGAUCCCAGGAGAGCAAGUGGGCUCUUACUUUGGGAGCACUAUAACAGUGACGGAUCUCAACAAUGAUGACUGGAAUGACCUGAUAGUGGGAGCACCAUUCUAUUUUGACCGCGACAAAGAGCAAGGCGGAGCAGUGUACAUUUUCAUGAACGAAAAUGGAGCUUUCCAGCUCAAGCCUAGUGUCAUCCUGAACGGUGCCACGGGUUCUGCGUUUGGAUUCGCCGUGGCAGCUAUAGGAGACAUAAAUCAGGAUGGAUUCCAAGAUUUUGCAGUUGGAGCUCCGUUCCAUGAUUCUGGAAAAGUCUAUAUAUGGAUGGGGAGCAAGGAGGGAAUAACAAAUGUUCCUAGUCAGGUUAUUGACGGGAAGUCAUUGGGCUCUGGUGGAUUCCAGACAUUUGGUUAUUCCCUCAGCGGAGGCAUGGAUAUGGACGGCAACAAAUAUCCUGACAUUUUAGUCGGCUCUCUUGAUGACCGUAUAGCACUUCUGAGGGCACGUCCAGUUAUCCAUUUAUCCAAAAACUUCACAGUAGAGCCAAAGAUUGUGGAUCCCAGCCAGUGCACGGAUACUUGUAUCACAGCAAAGAUGUGUUUUACUUAUAUGCUGAGCAACGGAAACCGCAACUUCAAGAAGAACAUUACUGUAAAAUACACCGUGGAGGCAGACCGCAAUCGGCGAAGCCCAAGAGUGCAGUUCCUCAAUGGAAAAAGCACAUACACAGACCUCCUAUCGUUCUCCAAUCCGACCUGCCAGGAGCUCAAGCUUCAAGUAAACGAGCAAGUAACAAAUAAACUGGAGCCGGUUGUGUUUCUCCUAAAUGUUUCUCUGAGCGAGUCUGCAGUUCAACCCCAAGAGACACUACAGGACCUUGACGCAUUCCCUAUGCUCAGUGGCCAGCAGCAGCUGACUGAGAAAACCGAGAUCAACUUCCAGAAGGAGUGUGGCUCUGAUAACAAAUGUAGCAGUAAUCUGCAGGUGAAGGCACAGUUUGCCAGUGAAGACCAAACCGUAUUCCCCAGUGUAGAUAAUAGACAGAUGAUGGAAUAUAACAGCAGCAUCAAGAAGCUGGUUCUGUUAGUGGAGGUGAGCAACAUGCCCGAGAGCGGCAGGGAGGCUGAGGAUGCACAUCAUGCCAUGCUCAACAUCACCGUUCCCCCUACACUCACCUACUAUGGCUUUCGGUCCAAGGAAAUUGAGUGUAACACUAACAAGACUGUGAUGUGCAAUCUUGGAAACCCAUUUAAGAGUGACAGGAAGAUUUCCUUUCAGAUCAUAUUUGAGACUUUUAUUACACUUUACACGGAGCAGACUGUGCUGCAGCUCCAGCUGUCUACUCUGAGUGAACAGAGUGACCUGUAUCCUGUGACAGUCGUCCUCAAUGUGGAGAACACAAUCCUCACCUCUUUCUCUAUAGAGAACGCAGUGGUGAACACUUAUUUUAGCGGUAAAGUGGUGGGUGAGUCAGCCAUGAACAGCACAAGUGACAUCGGCAGUCUAGUGGAGUACGUCUUCAAGGUGCGUGUGUUGGGAGAACCACUGGGAGUGUUAGGGACUCUGGUCGUGGACUUUAAAUGGCCUGUUGAGGUGACAAACGGUAAAUGGCUGCUGUAUGUGGAGGAGAUCUUAACUGACGGGACAUCUGAGUCGCACUGCGCUCCUCCUGGAAAAAUCGUUAAUCAUCUGAACUUAACACUGUCAACGAAGAGUUCGAAGCGGCAUAAGCGAGAUUUGGACAACAGCCAGCCACUCACUGAAGCAGCUAUAACCCGCCUCACUCCGCGCAAAAAGAUCUUCCUGCUGGACUGUGCGGAGCAGACAGCUCGCUGCGUGACCUUCUCGUGCCCACUGAGGAACAUGUCCACUACAUCCUCGCUCACCGUCAGAGCCCGUGUGUGGAACAGCACCAUGCUGGAGGAUUUUGCCAACGCUUUUCGGGUGACCGUGAAAGGGAACGCCACGCUGAGGCUGGAGACCGACAAACCCACCAUCAAGAUGAAAACUGAAAAUCGAGAGUUUGUGGUGAACAUUGAUCCUGUUCCAGGAGAAGAAACCCCAUAUAACGUUCCAUUAUGGAUAUAUAUCAUUGCAGGCGUAGCAGGAAUCCUCUUAUUAGGCAUCAUCAGCCUCAUCCUGUGGAAGUGUGGGUUCUUUAAAAGAGCUGUCUACUACAAGGUGAUGCCUAAAUACCACGGAGUGAAAAUACGCAAGGAGGAGAGGUACAAGUUGAGCCGGGCUUUCCAGCCUGAGCACGAGCUCAGCAAAAAACUCUGGGUCACUAACUGGACAGAAGUGCAAGAAUAUUACUACUGAACUUGGAAAGCACCCACUCAGCUGCUGGUUUAAAGGAAUUCAGUGGCUGGAGAUUUCCUUUGUUAAAUGAAACAGACUCUGGGACAACAUUUACACAUGAUAAAGAAUCAAGUACUGGGUGAAGUGUGUUGUUGUUUGUUGUUGUUGUUGUUUGUUGUCGUCUGGUGCAAUAUUAUGUUGCAGAUCAAGUUUCCAUGACUGAAACCGUUCAGCAUUCUGAAUACUGAAAGUAUUGCCGAAACAUUUCCUCAUGGAUAUCUUUUGUGUACUAUAGUGUGUAUUAUGGUAUUAUAGAAUGAUGUUUAGUUUAGGGCUUUUUUUAUUGUAUUUUUUAAAUGACUACAGGAUGAUGCUCACACUCUGACUGACACUGUGACAGACAUGUCUUCUUCAGAGCAGUCUGACCCACCAAACUAUGAACGAUAAUGAGGGAUUGCAACAGAUUGCAAGUGUUACAGUUUUGUAGCCGGGAUGAAAUACAUUUCACCUCUUUAUCUACCCAAUAGAUAUCGAAGACACAACGACACUGUCCUGUACAGAGGCACACAGUGAAUUAUAGCACAAGGAAGAGUACCACACAUCACUGAUUAUUGAUAUUUAUUUUAUAUGUGCAUAUAUGACUAAUAAGAGUCAGUACACUGGAGAAUAUAAUGUUUGUUUGUUUUUUUUAGUAUUUUAUGUGCUUCUCUGCUAGUCUGUAAGAGUCACGGUAAGAUCAUCAUUCCAGUUCAAACUGGUUUCACGUAGAGUAUGUUAAAAAAAAAAAAAAGAAAUGAAACGUCAUGAAUUUCAUCUUCUGUGUCGUUCUGUGAAAGAAUGUCGAUCAGCUGUUUUAUGACACUGUCAUUAGGUCCUGUUGUAGCACUAUAAAAGAUUUGGGUAAAUCAUUAGCUUCAAAUCAGGACCGAAUUUAUUAGUAUAUCCAGAAAUGGUGAUUCAGUAAUCCAUAUGGGUCAGAAGGUACUUCUUUUAUACACCCCAGAUAUUAAAAUGUUUUGUAUAUAAA